GAUAAAAAUGAUUUCUCGCAGAACACUUGUGUUAUGGGCUAUGCUGGUGACUUGCAGAGCCGAUCUCAAAUUUCCUGAGAACUUUAAGCUAGGUGCAGCCACUUCUUCCUAUCAGAUAGAAGGUGGAUGGAACGCUGAUGGUAAAGGUGAGAGCAUAUGGGACAGGUUCGUCCACCAGCACUCUGCAGACAUUCAGAACGGAGCCACGGGAGACGUCGCGGCGGACUCCUACCACCAGUGGAGGGAAGAUGUCAGGAUCGCUGCCAACAUGGGACUGCAGUAUUACAGGUUUUCAAUAAGUUGGCCUCGGAUUCUGCCAACUGGCUUCACUAACAAGAUCAACCAGGCUGGUGUCAAAUACUACAGUGACCUCAUUGACGCGCUGCUGGCUAAGGGAAUUGAACCCAUCGUAACAAUAUACCAUUGGGAGCUGCCUGUGAAGAUACAAGACUUAGGUGGUUGGGCAAAUCCUCUGAUCGUGGACUGGUAUGGAGACUACGCGAGAGUGAUAUUCUCUCAUUACGCUGACCGCGUCAAGACCUGGAUCACCAUCAACGAAGCUAAUGCGAUCUGCGACUACUCUUACAAUAGGGGCCAUUUCGCUCCUAAAAUAAAGGAGCCAGAAUUCGCGCCUUUUCUCUGCAAUAAACACAUUUUGCUGGCGCACGCUACCGCUUAUAGAAUAUUUGAUCGGGAGUUUAGACCAAAGUAUCAAGCUCGGAUAUCGCUUGCGAACUAUGAACUGAGGAUAAAACCAGCUACAGAAAACGAUACGGUGUUAGCAGAACUAGGAAGGCAGCAUGCGACAGGCAGGUACGCCUAUCCAAUAUUCACAAAGCAAGGUGGUUGGCCGCCGUCGAUUGAGAAGCUGAUGCUACAAUAUAGCUUGGGGCAAGGAUACCGGUACUCCAGGUUGCCGCCUUUCACAGAAGAUGAAAUAGAAUUCAUAAAAGGAACAGCAGACUUCUACGCCAUGAACCAUUACUCAACAAGUAUGAUCAGACCGGCUAGGCCCGGGGAUGCUCCGGGUAUUUGGGACGUCACCGGCUCUCCGGAACUGAACGCCACCUUGGAGUUUCCGCCAACCAGCAAAUUUGGCACCUCACCUAUAUUUCCAGUUUAUCCAGAAGGCAUCCGGGAACAGCUAUCCUGGUUAAAGUACGAGUACGGAGACAUCGAUAUCAUGAUAACUGAGAAUGGCUACUCAACUAACGAAAUCGAUCUCAAUGAUGUGGAUAGAACACAAUUUUUCAAGGAUUAUUUGGAACAGGUAUUGCUCUCGAUAAAAGUGGACAACGUCAGCGUCAUAGGAUACACGGCGUGGUCUCUCAUUGACAACUUCGAGUGGGUGGAUGGAUAUUCAACAAAGUUCGGUAUCCACGAGGUCGACUUCUCUCAUCCGAACCGAACGCGCACCCCGCGCACGUCAGCGCACUACCUCGCUUGCGUCAUCCGCGCGCGCUCGCUUGACGUGCCCGACCACUGCUACAAGGAUAAAUACUUGGCCGACAGAGCACGGAUAACUUACAGAAGUGGAAGUCAUAAGACACAAGCUGUAUUGUUUAUUAACAUUCUUUUAAUAGCUAUAAGCUGUGUCUUUUGGUGAAUGCCGUGCCCGUCCUUUAUUAUAAGCAUAAUUAAUUGUCUGACAGAGCACGGAUGUGUCAAAAAAAGUUGUAUUGUUUAUCAUCAUCAUCAUCAUUAACAACGCAUAUUUAGCUUACUGUGCUUACUGUUGAGCACGAGUCUCCUCUCAGAAUAAGAGGGGUUAGGGCCUUAGUCUACCACGCUGGCCAAAUGCGGAUUGGAAGAAUUCACACGCGUAGAUAAUUAAGAAAAUUCUCAGGUAGGUAUGAAGGUUUCCUCACCGUUUGAGAUCGUGAUAUUUAAUUUCUUAAAAUGCACAUAACUUGAAAAGUUUGAGGUGUAUGCCCCUGGCCGGAUACGAACAUACGCCCUCUAUCAUAUACACUGGGGCACAGGGCUAUCACGUCAGUAUUAUCAUAAAAUCAUAGUCCUUCGCCGCGUCUGUCUUUCUGCCUGUUCGCGAUAAACGAAAACUAUUAAACAAAUUUUCAUACGGGUUUCACCAUUAGGUAAAGUGAUUCACUAGGUAAAUUUAUAUUAUUCUAGCAUCACUGUAAAUUAGUUUAAACAUGACGAUGAUUAUUAGAAGUGUUGGAAAAAGUAAAUCAGCCUGGUAUCUUUCGUCGAAAACACUGCUUAAACCCUUAAACAUAAUAUGUGUAGAUAUAUUUAUUUAAGUAUUUAUAAUAAUUGCAUAAUAAAUAGUUUGAUGUAAUGUUAUCUUUAUACUUAACCAAAAAAAUGGAGAAGGUUCUCAAUUUUUUAUUUAUGUAUGAUUAUUGAAUGAUAUUAAUUUCUAAAAUAAAUUAAAUUAAAAUUUUGAA